AUGGAUAAACAACAACAAAACUCCACUAUGGCCUCUAAUGACCCUGACCUUCCUGACCCCUCUGCUGACCCCCAGCCUGGUGACCUCAUUGAGAUCUUCAGACCAGCCUAUCAGCACUGGGCUCUCUACCUGGGAGAUGGUUACAUCAUCAAUUUAACUCCCGUUGAUGAGAACCAGGCAGCCGCCAUGUCCAGUGUGAAGUCCGUCUUCAGCCGGAAGGCAGUGGUGCGCAUGCAGCUGCUGAAGGAGGUGGUGGGAAGCGACUCGUACCGUGUCAACAACAAGUACGACCACAACCACACACCCCUACCCAUCUCGGAAAUCAUUCAGCGAGCUCAAGUCCUCAUUGGCCAGGAGGUGUCUUACGACCUGCUGGGGAGCAACUGCGAGCACUUUGUUACUCUUCUGCGCUACGGGGAGGGGGUGUCCGAGCAGGCUACACGGGCCAUUGGGGCCAUCAGUUUGGUGACGGCAGCAGCCAGUGCCUUCUCUGUCCUGGGACUGAUCAACACACGCUCCAGAAACAGGCCUUUCUGA